AUGGAUGAAAUAUUACAUAUUGGGUCAUUGCAAUUACUAUUAGAGAAAUUUAGUGAUUGUUUAGAAAAUUUUGGAUUUGGACUUAUGAGUGAUGAAUGUGAUGGACCGAGACGACAAUUAUUUAAAUUAAUUAUGAAAUAUUGUACAAAGAUUAAAUAUUUUGAUUCGGGUAUACCUGAUGAUAUUAAUAUUUAUCUAUUCAUUAAAAAUAAUCAACAUAGUAUUAAUUAUCUCACUAUUGAAAUAGAUUUUCACGAUGAUUGUGCUGGUUUAAGUUCAAGUGUAUUACAAAAUUUAGGACAGGUACUUCCUUCUAAAUUGGAAUAUUUAUGUUUAACUCUUUUAUUUAAUAUAAGUGAUUUGGAAAUAUUUUUAAAAAAUUCACAAAAUACUUUUAUUAAGAAAUUAAUAAUUGGACAUAUUAUGCAAAUUAAAGAUGAAAAUAUAUUACUUUAUAUAAAGGAAUAUAUUAUGAAGAAGGAAAAGGUUAAAUAUUUGGCUAUUA